UGGGAGACUGGCCUCUCUAGCUUUUGCCAUAUGACUGACACAGCACAGACUCAGCUACAACCUCUGCACCAAAUCAGCAUUUAGGGAGCCCACAACAAGGGGCAGCCAUGGACAACAAGUAUGAUGUGAUUGUUAUCGGUGGAGGCAUUUCAGGUCUCACAGCUGCUAAGUUACUUGUUGAGUCUGGACUGAAUGUUGCUGUGUUGGAAGCUCGUGACAGGGUCGGUGGAAGAACCCAUACAAUAAGGAAAAAAGAAGUUCAGUAUGUGGAUGUUGGUGGUGCAUAUGUUGGGCCAACACAGAAUCGUAUACUACGAGUAGCCAAGGAGCUGGGAAUAACGACAUAUAAAGUGAACAUAUCUCAACGCUUUAUCCACCAUGUUAAGGGAAGGACCCAUGCAUUUCAUGGAUCAUUUCCACCUGAUUGGAAUCCCUUUGUUCUUCUGGAUUAUAAUCAUUUAUGGCGUACUAUUGAUGAAUGGGGAAAAGAGAUUCCUGAAGAUGCUCCAUGGAAGGCUCCUCAUGCUGCAGAGUGGGACAAAAUAACAAUGAAGGAAUUUAUAGACAAAGUUUGCUGGACAAAGAAAGCUAAAAAGUUUGCUCAACUUUUUGUGAAUGUGAAUGUCACCUCUGAAACCCAGCAGGUGUCCUUACUUUGGUUCCUGUGGUAUAUAAAGCUUUGUGGUGGUACAUCAAGAAUUUUUUCUGUAACCAAUGGAGGUCAGGAGAGGAAGUUUGUUGGUGGUGCUGGCCAGAUAAGUGAGAAAUUAAUGGAACGUUUAGAAGGUCGGGUAAAGCUACAAAGCCCUGUGGUCAGACUUGAUCAGUCGGAUGAUACCGUUAUAGUAGAAACCCUAACACAUGAUUUAUAUCAGGCCAAGUAUGUUAUCAGUGCCAUACCACCAGGCCUUACUACAAAAAUUCAUUUUAAUCCAGAGCUGCCACCAACAAGGAACCAGUUGAUUCAACGCCUUCCAAUGGGCUCUGUUAUAAAAUGCAUGAUGUAUUAUAAAGAAGCAUUUUGGAGGAAAAUGGAUUAUUGCGGAGCUAUGUAUAUUGACAACGAAAACGCACCAGUUGAGAUCACAUUAGAUGACACCAAGCCAGAUGGUACAUUUCCAGCUAUUAUGGGUUUUAUUCUGUCCCGAAAAGCAACGGCACUAACACAUCUCAGCAAGGAAGAAAGGAAGAAGCAUAUAUGUGAAUACUAUGCCAAAGCCCUGGGUACAGAAGAAGCACUGCACCCAGUGCACUAUGAAGAGAAAAACUGGUGUGAGGAGCAGUAUUCUGGUGGCUGCUACACAGCUUAUUUCCCACCAGGCAUCAUGACCCAAUAUGGAAGUGUUAUUAGGCAGCCUGUUGGGAGGCUUUACUUUGCUGGCACAGAAACAGCUACACAGUGGAGUGGAUACAUGGAAGGUGCUGUUCAAGCUGGGGAGAGAGCUGCUAGAGAGGUAUUAUGCACAAUGGGCCGCAUUUCAAAGGAAGAGAUAUGGAUGCCCGAGCCAGAAUCUGAGGAUGUACCAGCGCUGCCAUUUCCGACUACAUUUUUGGAAAGAAACCUGCCUUCUGCCAAAGGAUUGGCACAAUUCCUCUGCUAUUCCACAUUUUUAGCUUCAGCUGCAGCUCUUGGGUUCUUUGCAUACAAGAAGGGUUUUGUUGUCCGAGUGUGAGCUCUAGGAUGCAUAGCCUAUUUCUGUAAUGCUGGAUAAUUGUACCCUACCUAAUAUAAUCAUGUUUUUCAUGGCUGACUCUGUAAUUUGUAUUGACUGUUAAUAUUAUUGUGGCUCUUUAUCAAGAGAUGUGCAGCAUACAACUCCUGUGACCCACAGAAUUUAGCCAACAGAUUACCAAACACUGAACCUGAUCACCUGAUGAACCUGUAAGGUGCUGCCUGCAGAAGGUAAAAAGCCAGUUAAAGAGUGUUUCUUGGCACAGUAUUUUGGUGUAAAGCACUGUAGGAUAGGAUAGGCCAGUGGGGCCAUAUAACACUCCUUUUUACCUCCCAAUAUUCCUCACUCCCAUAAUUUUUUUUAUUUGAUUUAUUUUAGAUUGUCAAUUAUACUAAUGUGUUAGUGCAGAGGGUAAUAUUGAUAAUAAAUGUCAAUGAACAAAACUGAAUGUUCUCAGUGGUAAGCUCUGUCAGCCAGCAUCCUCAGGAAGGCCACUUAAAAUGUAAAGAAUAAAGAAGGCAUUAGGCGCAGUAACUUAUAUCAACCAAGCAACAGGUAGCAUUUACUGGUCACCUCGUUAAAAAAAACCAUCUUAUUGAUUGCUAUGGGUUACAUUAACUUUGCCCAGAAAUAGUAAUUAUUAGGCAAACUUUAUUACAUAGGGGGUAUGAGGCUUAUCUGCCCUUUUCCUGCAGUAACACAUAGCAGUCAAUUUGGAACUGGCACAAAUUUGCAGCAUUACUUUAUUAAUCAAACCUUAACAUUCAACUGACACAUUAUAUAGUUCAUCUAAAAGCACCAGACUAUUACAUCAACAGUUAUCCUAUAAUCACAUGGGAGCUUGUAGUAAUUAUUCAAGGGGACAAGGAUCUGCAAUGGUGUUCUGUGUGUUUUUUAUAUUAAACCAAUCUGCAGGGGAGAUUUAGACAUCUUCCCCACAGCCACUGCUGGGCUGAUUCAUUCCCCGUGUGAUUGGUGACCAUUGCCCAUUUAUCAGCCUCUCACAAGGACUGUCAAGCUGUAGUCAUUAUAGUUAUGUCCCUAGGAAAUACUUGUCUCAGAAUUUGAAAAAGCAGAAAGAAAAAUGGAAAUAUAGUAGUUGAAACCCUUAAAAAGUGUAUCUUUAUUAGAAUACAAAAGGAAAAUAAAAUGUACUGAAUGCAAACCUUUAUUUUUUUCUCCAGAUUGAAUUAUUUUAGUUUGAUAUUUCUUAGCAAUGUCAGGUUAUAUUUUUGUACUCAAAAAAUACAAGAAUUAAAAAAAGAUUGGCGUUUUUUCUGGAUUCUUUGCUGUCCUAAUCAAAAAGCACCAGUCUUGAUAAAAUAAAUGAAUUAGUCCUCUACAACUGUCCAAGUUUGCCCCUCACAUCAUUAAUGUCUCAGCCAGGACUGUUGCUUUUAUACUGAUGUGUCAAAAAUGUGCCUCUUUUUAGGAAAACUUCAAUUAAGCAGCAUCUCAGAUGAGCUUUCUAUCUGCACUAGUAAAUGGACUGCAGGGAGAUUUGGAAUUCAUGGAACCAAUAGAAGUAUUUGCAGAUAAAAUCCAUGGAAAAUAGCAUUUGAGAAAGUCUUUAUAUAAUUUGUAUUAAUUUAAUUUCUUUAAAAUAGCGCUGGCGGGUAAGCUUAAUAACAUAGUGAAAAGCAUGCACCCCCAAAUGUAAUAUAAGGUACUAAGUUUGACCAGGAGCUGUAACCUACGGCAAUCAAUUAUAUGCUUGUAUUUAAAGAGUUGACUAGUAAAUUCUACCUGCUGAUUGGUUGCUAUGAGUUUCUGCCCCUGGGCAAACUUAGUGCUCUUUAUUACAUAACCCCAAUAGUGUUUAUCAGUCAGCUCCCUAAUUCACGUGUUACAUAGUAACUGAGCUUCAGAAAAUCUACCUUUCAAUCAAGUUUAAUUGUUUCUACAUUCCCCAGACUAAGCAGGGUGUUAUUUUAUGAAACAUUACAUUUAUGUUGAAUUUGUCUCGUCUAGGUAUGGAGAAUGGCAUUCAAAAAGUUGUUCCGUCCCCACUUUGAAAAUGUUUUCCAUGAAUGUAGCGUUUGAUUUGAGAAACAGAGGUAAAUGUUUAUGCAGAAGUUCACUGCUUGGACAUUCGCAAAAUAAGCCCAGAACAAGGAACAAAUGGAAAAUGCAUAAAGGGAAAAUUAGAUUGAUUUAUUGAUUCCAAGCCUUUAUUACACAAAAUUAUACUUGUUGAUUUAGCAAUUAUCAUAGUAUACAUUUUCUUCCUUUAAAUAGUCUCUUUGCUCUUAGUUCUGGGCUAAAUCCUUGUGACAAAUCAUCAUAUCAUAUCAUGUCAUGUGAGCACUUUUACAACUUUACUGGUCCCCACCCCUCCCACCCUGUUUCUGAUAUUACACGCACGUCAGCUAUUGUUCAGAAUGUCUGUGACCUGUUGUUUCCCUGAAAAAAAAAGUAUUUGUAUAAUGUGGAGCAGCAUACCUUGAGGCUAUCAAAAACAUUUUAACAUAAAAAACCCAGUAGAAUU